CGACGCACACAAGUAGCACUAACUUCAUUUACACCAUACCAUUAACAGAAGAAUCCCCUUCACCAUUGUGCUAGAAGUAGCUCCUGCGGCUUGUAUCUGAUUCGAAGGAGGCGUUGUUUUCACGAAGUAUUCGUGUUGUCCCUGGCACUGUAAUAUCUUUCCUGCGUUCCAUGCGCUCUUGACGGUUGAGCCUUUCUCGCCAAGAUGACGGUCGAGUGCGAUCUCCCACCUGACAGCGAGGUUCCGGAAUACACGGGCCUCCCGUUGUUCGAGCCGGCCGACCUUCACCGCACCGAUUUUCGUCACAAGCACCUUCGCUACGAGAAGGAGAGUGAUCCGAAUAUACGGAAUUAUGAUCUUCUCAGCCUUCAGCCGCACCCGGACGGGCGGUGUGACGAAGCUGGGCAGAGUCUGCAGAAAAAUCACAACCGCAACAAUCGGAAUGCUGAGGUGAAGCGGGAUCGCUACAGUGUGCUGGACGAGACCAGGGACCGAAACAGCGCCGACAUUGUGGGUGCGAACCCGUAUUGGUGGUAUCGGGAGGAGCCGGACUACGGCGGUAUAGUGAAGAUUCCGCCCAAAAACGACACGAGCGACUGGCACAAGGAAUACCACCUGUUGGCGCCGACAGAAAAAAUCAACCAUGACCCUGCUCUUGCUUCAGCAUCAGCUCCGCGGCCGCCGGAACUUGCGCGGCUGCGCCCGAGGACGCCAGAAGCUGUCUCCUCAAACCCCACCGAGCAGUUGAAGCAGAGAUCCACGUCGCAAAGGUUGAAGUUCACGGACGUGACGCGCCGCCUGGAUGGCGCACCGGCGAAUAGCGGCCCCAACGCUGUUGCGCCGGAUGCCCGGAAGAAACAAACAGUGGACUUUUCGGCCGACUUUCGGAAUGGCUUUCAUAUCGGGGACCAGGAAAACCAAGCGAAGACAGACGCCGAAGUCUGGUUCAAGCACAAACCUCACGCCACUACCAUCGAUAAGUCCCGCCCACUGCGGAACUUGGACUUCAGCCAGGAGCACAGCGACUACUCGAUAUUCCACCAGUUCAAAGAUGGAGAAUCCGGCGGGCCCGGGGUAGUCGAAAAUCGGCUCGGGCGGCCACUAACAGUCGCAAAAUCGGCGCCGCUAAAGCAGCAGUACCGGCGUGACUACAAAGACGGCGGGUUUCAGGACCAUGAUGGCGGGAUAGCGCUGCAGCACACCGGGCAGGAAGCCGCGGCGGAGCAUCGGAACCGCAGGGGCGUGCAGCAGUUCGACGUGUCGGCGUACCCCGUGCGAAAAGCCAUGCCUACCGCCAGCUGCCGCGACGUGCGCGAGGGUGGCUUUUUGGACCACGGGCACCUGCAGGUCGGUAGUGAUGAGGCCGACUCGGCUGCCCGCGCAGGAGGUCGUGUGAGGCAUCAAAUCGGUGACCAGCCGGCGCGAGGAAAGCGCAAUAUCGACCGGGUGUUCGCAGAUAACGAGGCUCGGGCGGUCGAUUGCAUACAGCCCAGGGGUUUGCCACCGGCUUUUCUGUAUUACCCAGAAAGAAACAGUGAAUGCAGUGGUGCGGUAGAUUUUGAUCGUGGUUUCGCUCGUCAUCAGGACGUCCUCGUGGUCAACGUCGGACGAGAUGGUAAACAGGCAUUGCAGGAUGAGUAUUGUGACAAAGAAGCGUUGUCAAAAAGAUGCUGUUCCCGCUAUCCUUCAUCGAGCUUCUUGUUCGCUCCCGACGAGGGGGGCGCGGGCAUUAACACACCAGAGGAAAAGCGCACGGACCCGGAGGACCCGGAGCAAGCAGCCUACACACGCGCGGAGUUUCGGGAAUUCUACCCCGACGAGACCGACGCGCAGUUCAACACCUGGUACCAGUCGUUGCCAAUAGCCGUCGCCGGAGCGAGUUCUUCGCCAGCAACUGCAGGAGCGGCUGCGGAGGGAGAGCAGGAUGACGGCGCCUGGUAUCGACCGAGCACCGCAGAUGCAGUCCUCGAAGAAGGCAUGGAGGGAGCAGGGCCUCCAGCUGCCGCAGUCGGCGGCGCCGGCGCGCAACAAGACGAAAAGCGGUACGACCCCGGGGACCCAGAGGAGGGCGAGUACACCCGGGAACAGUUUCGGGAGUUUUACUCAGACGAAACCGAGGAAGAUUUCGAAGCGUUCUGGCAGGGCCUACCGGUAAAAGGUGGAGCAGUAGGUGCACAAUCAGGCCAGGAGGCCGUAUUAGCUCCAGCUGUAGUUGUGAAAAGAUACGAUCCGGAGGACCCAGAGCAGGUGGAAUAUUCAUUCGAGGAGUUCAAAGCGGCCUAUGGUGGCGAUACGGACGAAGCUGAGCUGCGAGCUUGGUUCGACACCCUACCGCAGCACGAGGGCGCGCUCUCGCCAGAGCCAGAAGUUGGCGGGGAUACUGCAGUGGUCGUUACAGAUCAGAGCGAGGAACUUCUAGGUGAACAGGUUGAUCAAACUGUGGGGCUGCAAACACGACUUACUUCGCGGACGAGGACUGCGGUCCGUUCGGAAUUUCGCUACGACGGCGUACUCGGAGGCGGCGUGGUAACGAAAAAAGAGCUGCGCGGCCUCUACGCUGCCUCGACAGACGAGGCUUUUGACACCUACUGGCUCUCCCUGGAACCUGUGGACUCGGUGCUUGGAUUGGAGUCCCGCACGGUCCGUAAGCGGACGCGAGGUCCGAGCGCGCCACUCUUUUCGAUUACGAAGGGCGCACCGCGGAGUGACGGCGAAGAAGUAGAUGCGGAAAUAAACUCGGAUGAGCAAAAUGCCACGGCGGUUCCAGAUUACAUAAAAGCCCUGGUGGUCGAGAAAGAUUCCGGUUCCACAGCCGCGACUUCCCUGGAAAAAACGAAAGACUCGGCAGGACCAGGAGAAAAUAACGGAACAGACACAGACGGCCACCAGGUCGCGCACCAGCUCAACACCGCGGGCGGAGGCCGUUUGGGCGCGAGUACGCCGUCGUCCCUACCGGGCAGACAAACCUACAUCGUCCUCGCCGCGGAGCGGAAUGAGACGCCGGGCCCCGGAACGUACGCGAACCCGGUGAAGCAGACCAAAACGCAGCCCUGCUACACCAUUCCGGUGACGCUGCACGACCGCGGCAUCAUCGACCGGGACCGCCGCCUCGCGCCAGGCCCCGGGACCUACUCCGUCGAGCGGUUUCGGAGUCGCAAGAUCGCGUUGCCUGCGGAGUUCGAUCCGCAGCGGGUGCAAACGCUCCAGCAGAAAAAGAUGGAGGCGUGGCACGCCUGUCCGGGGUGUGGCCGCAACUUUACCCAGUCGUCAUUGCCACGGCACCUGGACCGAUGCCAGUUUCUGGCGCGCGCAGCCGACCACACCGAUCUUAAGUCGCAGGUCGAUGCGGCGAUUCAGUCCGUCGCGAUCCACCCGGUCAGAGAUGGGCAAAAGUUCGACGCUUUUCAUCGCGAGGAACUGAAACAGCGACAGAGCCCUUCAGCUUUCUCGUCAAAUAUUUCCAACGCAGACCGGUUGGAAAGCCGAGCCACGAGGGGACAGGAUCUGCAGUCCUUCGCUGCCGGCGUGUCUCGACCGAUCACGACCAGCUUGCGCGCCGCCGCGCCCGCAGUCGAUCAUUUGCUCGCGCUCAGGUGCCAGUUUUGCGAUCGCGCUUUCCGGGAUGAGAACACGCGGCGGCUACACGAGAAAUGCGUGUGUGGGCUGCGGCCCGUACAUUGCAAAUACCUCCAGCGCGGGUGUCGCGAAAUAGUUCCCGCGUGCGAUCUAUCAAAAGUAAAAAUGUCUGGGUCUGGAUGAUUCCGGGAUAUGUCAUGCUAGUCCGGCAUGACUCUGAGCUCUGUAUUGCGUGGCCGCAAAGGGCUUCUCUUGCCUGUCAUGCAAAAACGCAGUGUCUCAUGCGGAGUACGCAACUCUGAACCACGGAAAAACUUGUCAUGCUCGGCAGUGCAUAUACAGUAUGCGCAUUUUUCCCUGACUUGCAUCACAAGUUUCCAGACCCAGACACUUUUGCAUUUGAUACGAUCUCGGCAUUCACGAGGGCCAGUGCGCCUCCCGAGACGCCGGGCUCCGCCGUCGGAGUAUGGCGUUCUCAAACGUUACAUUCUCAGCUGUUACAUGAAUUUGCAAUGCAAGAGUGGCAAAAGUACAGGAGGAAGAUUGCGCCUUUUGCAUUACAGAUUUGGGACUGAUUAUAGUGCUAUGUAGCGCGUCGAGAAGUUGUCAUGCAAGGCAGGCUGGGUCGUGUGAAUAGUGAUAGUGUUUUUGCAUGACAAAUCAUGUAACAGUUGAGAAUGUAACGUUUGAGAGCCCCAUACGGAGUGCCGCGUCCUUGCGGACCAGCACCGCAAGUUCCGCUGUGCUGGCGAGCAUGCCCAAAUUGCACGUCGGAGACACAGAGGACACGCCACGAAGUGACGGCGCGGUUGUGUAAGUGUAACCGACGUACUUCAAAAUGUUCGAAUGAGCGCAUUCUUCUUCACGACCAACGCAGCAGAUGAUCAGCGGGUUUUUUUUGAAACACCUCAGACGACAGCACAAACACUCAGUAGAUCGAGUAGUUUUUCUUGUGGUUGUGUCGUCUAAGUAAGAAGUAGUAGUUUCUUUUAUCCUAUGGAAGGAAUGAUGUAGAAAUCAGUCGAGUUUACACUGUCUCGGGUUUCUUUGUGGCGUCUGUAUCUGUACCCCAGAACAGACAACGCACAAGUGCACUACUAGUAGUCUUUACCCUAAUAUGCACCUAGACAUGAAAGAGCUUUUUGUAGCAGGUACCCCCUGCUACGUGUAGCUCUUGAUUCGAUUUUUUUAUUUUUUUUAAGAACGCAUAGUAUCAACUUUUUUGUCCGCACCGCGGCACUUGUGUGUCGCUUGCUUGUGAGCAACCAACAAUGCACCAGGAACGUCGAAGCUGCUUGCUUCUGGGUCGCAGACCUCAUGUUUCAGUUGGACUACGCUGUCGCAGCUUGAUGCGUUGUCGGUGUCGGUUUUGGUAUCGCCAAGUAUGUGCCACACUUUGAAUAGAGAUAGACAUAGACAGCAAUAAGGCGAAUAAACGCAUUGAUUGAAUGGAUCAGAGAUGAAACACAAACCCGCCAAACGCGGAGGACAUG